AUGUACACAUACUCCAUCUCCCUCCCGAACCUCAUCGCGCUCGCCGCCGCCAACACCGCCACGCACCCCACUUACACAUACGAAGAGAACGUGGCGAUUCGUGACUAUGUCUUUGCCAUGGCGCAGUUCGAGGUGGCGUCUUGGACGCCCUGGGAGGUUUUUCUUUACGUGCUCCAGUAUGUGAUGAUGGCAGAUGGGAUGGGUGUCUGGGAGGAUGAGGGGUAUGAUGGGGACUUUGAAGACUUUGAAGAGGAGGAUGUCCAGGAGAAGGUCGUCCAAGAGGAGGAAUACUGUGGGUUCCUGCAUUGUCGUGACUUCUGCCGGUUUUUCCCGGAUUGA